AUGGAAGAUAAUGAUGGUUUCAUGAACCAGAUGGGAACUACUAUGAACAUGAAGUUUGAGAAAGUGGCUUAUACCAAGCUUCAUGGCAAGGAUUCUGAAGAAUUUAAGUGUGUUAGAGACACAUUGGCUUCUCUUUUUUAUGUGUACUCAGAAAAUUUAUCUCAUCUUCUUCAUUCGAAUUAUGGAAUGAAUGAGGCAACUAAUCACACAGAAUGUGGAGAUACCAUUUUUAGGUAA